GUUUGUACCUUCUUAAGGCUGGGCAAAUAGGCAAACAGCCAUAGCAUUGGACCUUGGGGGCAUACAUAUCCACCUAUCAAAUGCCUGAUACCUCUAUCAGGAAGACUGCCUCCUUCCACUGUAGUCUUCCUGUUUCAAUCCUCCAAGCAGCUUUUCCAUGUUCUUCAGUUGUCAGUACAGAUGGGAUAAAGUUUACAGGUGACUUUUUCAGUAUAUUCAGUGAUUUUUCUCACUGCAUCUGGCAUCAAGUACUCUUCUCUUAUAUCUUUGGAACAUCUGAAUGUAGCUUUUCUGUCAUAGCUACCACUCAUCUUCAUUUUAAGAAGUCCUGCAGACUUCUUUACAUUAUUGAAAUCUGUCACUUAAAAUCACUGUGUAGAUAUUAUCACUGAGACAGCAUUAGGCAUGAGAUGUAAAAAAGACAAAGUGAAUUUUGCCACUGAGCCAUUUAACCAUUAAUUCAAAGCUUCAUCUCAUUUUAUCUAUCCAUGUUGCUGAUCUAUAACCAAUCCUUUUUAACAGCAUGGCCGACCACUAACCAGAUGUGUUUGCACAACAGCCAAGUGUAGACUGUGAUUACUGGAGUCCUCCACCUGUUUUAGCAUCAACACUAGCAAUUGUAUAAUCCACCUUCAAACACAGUUGAGCAAGAAAAGCAAGGCAGAAUUCCAAGAAAGCAACAAACAAAGUCAAGUGCAGAAGGGCUGCCUGCAGCCCCCUGUGCUGUGAGACAAGCAGCUUAUCUCACAUGGCCAUGUGAGACAAGACAAGUAUGGCCAUGUCUUGUAGCUGAACUAUCAGUGUGGUUUCACUAUACUGUGGUGACUUUUAGAAUUUAUGCUGAUGCAAAUCAACUGCUUUAGUUGAACAAGACUUAUUGUUAGACUUAUUUAACAAAAUAACACAAACAAAGACUUGGAACCCACAUGCUGGGAGACAGCAAAGAAAGUGGCAAUGAAUCUCUGAAAAAGCAAGUUGGCACCACUGCCCAGGCAGAAAUGGCACAAAACACCAAGAUCUCCAUGGAUACUACAGUAAUAGAGGAAAGAAGAACAAAACAGGGAUUCAGAUCAAUUUUAAUAGAGACAAAAUGCUGUAGUUUGGCAGCCCUGCUAGACACAAAAUAAAAUGGUAGACCUCCAGGAAGAAAGGGAGAAAACCCCAGUUGUCGAGAUUACUCCUGAAGAUUACCAGGAUUACUGAUUGGCGUUUACAGGCACCGCUGCGCCUGGGAGGGGGAAAAGCGGGCACGCUCAGGACGGAGGGAGCGCGGGCAAGCCGGAAUCCUCCGACCUCGCCGGAUAAAACGGCCGAGAGAAGGAAAGCGCCGACCCGCGGCCCCGCUGGCACCGGUCCUCCGACCCAGCCGCCGCCGAGCGCGGGGCGGCCCGGCAGCCGGGGGGUGGGACGCGGAAGUGCCGCAGCCGGCGGUGCUGCCCGGCAGGAGGGCGGGAGACAGGAGCGCUCUCCAGGGGCGGGCACCGUGGCGGCGCGGCACAGGAUGCUGGGGCUGGCGGCGGGGCUACUGGCGGCAGCCGCCGUGGCGCUGCUGCUGGACUGGUACGGGCCGUCGGGGGCGCCGCCGGCCGCGGGGCAGCGCCGCCGCUGGGCCCCGCAUCCCGCCCCCGGCGCGGCGGCCGCCGGCCUGCUGUGGGUCGUGCAGGUGUCAGAUAUUCAUAUCAGCAGGUUUUGGGAUCCCAAACGAGCUCCCGACUUCGAAAAAUUCUGUUCUGAAACAAUUGACAUAAUUCAACCCGCACUUGUUCUAGCAACAGGUGACCUGACAGAUGCUAAGACAAGAGAUAAACUGGGGUCUGAGCAGGUAGAAGAAGAGUGGAAAACUUACCAGUCAAUCCUGAAGAGAUCAAGAGUCAUGGAAAAAACCAAGUGGAUAGACAUCAAAGGGAAUCAUGAUUCAUUCAACAUUCCACACCUGGAUAGCAUUCAGAAUUAUUACAGGAAAUACUCUGCCUGGCGUAAAGAUGGCUCUUUCCAUUACAUCCACACUACCUCCUUUGGGAACUAUUCAUUCAUCUGCGUGGAUGCCACACUCAGCCCAGGCCCUAAGAGACCCUAUAAUUUCUUUGGGAUUUUAAACACGAAUCAAAUGGCAGAGCUAUCUUUGAUGGCAACAGAAAGUCUGCACAGCAACCAUACUAUCUGGUUUGGCCAUUAUACCACCUCAACAAUCAUCUCCCCAGCCCCAGGAAUACGAACAUUAAUGAGUUCUGCCACAGCCUAUUUAUGUGGACAUCUCCAUACAAUGGGUGGGCUUAUGCCAGUGUUGCACAGUCAGCACCGUGGUGGCACUCUGGAACUCGAACUGGGAGACUGGAUGGAUAACAGAAGGUACCGGCUCCUUGCAUUUGACCACGACCUCCUUAGUUUUGCAGAUCUUAACUUUGAAGAAUGGCCUGUAGUUCUCAUCACCAAUCCCAAGUCCUUCCUUUACAGCAGUUCUACUCAUGAACCACUAGUCAAAAUCCUUCAUUCCACUCAUAUCAGAAUUCUGGCAUUCUCUCCUUCUGUCAUUGUCUCUGUCAAAGUCUACAUAGACAGAGUUCACUUGGGGAAUGCGCAUCAGGUGUCUGGUCCUCUCUAUGUGCUGAAGUGGAGCCCACAAAACUACAGUGAAGGGUACCAUCACAUAGAUGUGACUGUCCAGGAUGCUUCGGGAAGAAUUGGCACACGGGGCCAUAUAUUUGCUAUGGAAGAAAACCUCUCUCUUAGAUUUGACUUUUGGCCAUCUGUGAUUCUUCUCACUGACCACUAUGUUUUAGCUCGUGUGCUCUUUGGACUGAUUGUGCUGAUUCAGAUCACCUUGCUUGUUGUUUUCAGAUACCUCCAAAAGCCAGUACUCAAAGAAAAGCCAGGAUUAUUUACUCUGACUUCGUACUCUCUUCAUGUCUUCAGUAAAACAAACACCUUCUAUUACUCAAUUCUGGUUCUGAAUUUGUACACCAUUCUGGGACCGUGGUUUGUAGGUGAACUGAUAGAUGGCCAGUGGGGGGCCUGUUUUUCCUUUGGGGUGUUCGUUGGUGGUUCCUUCUUACAGGGCAGUGUGACAUUUGUGGUUGGGAUUUUACAGAUGUUGUUUUUCAACCUGCCGUUAAUGGCCUAUCUGUGCUGGUGCCUGUUUUUGCGAUGCCGGGGUCACAGCUUCCGCUCUCACAUCCGUCACGUCCGACGCCUCACGGCUGUGCUUGUUCACCUGGCAAUGGCACUCCUCCUGGCCUGGCAGGUCUAUUCCUGCUACUUCCUACAACGAACCUAUGGGACCUUGGCUUUCUUCCUCUCCCCAAUGAGAAUGUGGCUGGUGGCACUGACCUCAGCUCUCAUUUAUAAAACCUGGACACUGAAAUCAUCUGAGCUCAGAACUUACAUAGUAGAAAUGAAAAACUGUCAGAGCUCCUGAAGUACAGUAUAAUUAUUCCAAAUUCUUUGUCUUAAAAACUGUCGAGGUACAACCUAUCGUUUUGUGAUGCUGGAGUUCCAUGCAGCUCAACCAUUAGGUUGAGUAGUACCAUUAGGUAGUAAGAUCUGAAGUUGCACCUGCACUGCUACAGAACUGUAUUAAAUAGUAAAUGUACAACAAGAUGUAGUACAUAGUUUUCUUGUAUUAUACCAUAUACUGUAUAAUAUAUGUUAUACAAUACAGUUACACAUUCAGUCAAAUGUAUAAUAGUGGGUUCUUUGUGAUACAGAACAUGGAUAUGUCUGGACAUGUUUGUCUAUAACUGUGAAUGGAAAAAUAUUUUUGAUUUAUUAAGUUUUUUAUUUUUAUAAUGCUGGGAAAAGUGAGCAUAAAUCUUGAUAAUGAGCUUCAGGAUUUUUGCUUAACUUUGAUUUUUAUUUCAAGAUUUACAAGAUUUUUACAAGAGUAACUACAAGACUAGACCAGAUGUCUUUAUGAAGUAAUAGUGGUUGCAGAGGUGCUAUGGUGGCCUUCACAGUAAGAGUCCUAUGCUUAUACACUUUCAGUGCAUAAUGCUAUAUACAAGCAGAUUAUAGGCUGUUAGGUGUGUAUAUGUGUGUUUGUGGUCAUGUUUACCUGAGCUGUGGACUAUUGCUCUUGUUUCCAAUUCUCCCACAGCUGACCAGUGAAAAGACAGUGAAAGAUCAAUGUUGCUGGGAUUUUCACCUGUAGUCAGAGUUCAACGUCAGAGCAAGGGAGACUAUGUCCUCAGGAUGGGAGAUCCUGGAGGAAUUAUGUGGUCUGGUGCCUACAAUGUCUGUAACUGAGCAGGUCAGGCCUGUGUUUCUGAGUCUCAGUCAAAUGCACUGAAGAGUGACCUAAGGGAACUCCUUUUUUUGUUUUCACUUUUUUUGAAGUCCAAAAAUGAUAGUACAAUUAGUUGUAUUUAUGAAGAAUGCAAGGAUCCAGAGCCAAGUGAGCCAAGGUGCCUUGAUUUGUAAAGGAAAACACUGGGUUGCUUUACAGAAGACUGCUGUGAGUAGAACAUUUAAAAUACUUCAGGUAAUUUUACAGUAAUUUAUUUAUGGCUCCUCAAAAGAAAAAGGAGAGGUAACUUAUUUAGGGCACCUGUGACUGUAGUAGAACAUAGGAAAAUAAACUGAAUUGGAAGAAAAUGUUGACUACAACAAAGACUUUUUGUUAUUUCUAAAAGAUGACAGUUUUCCUACUCUUUAAUUUGUGUUCUUCAGUGACUGAUGAUUGUAAUAGAGCUCUCAUUUGCAUAAGUUAAAUACACUGUUAAGACAAUACAGAAUGUCAUUUGUUGCUACAUAAGUUUGUUUUGCAAAGCUGUUAGAAAAUCAGAGGCAGGGCACAAAAUGUAUUUGUGAGAAAUGCUACUGAAAAAUUAAUAAUGACAUUUCACAAUUACUUUUAUGUGAUAAGGGAGCAUAAGAACUGGCAAUAAAAUACUUCAUAUUUCUACCCUGUGACAA